UUUUCUCCAAUCUGAUUUUGUCUCGACUCAAUAAUUUUCGUGCACUGGUUGACUUGAUUGCACUUGAAUUUUUCGGGCCUCGGCGAAUAAGCCCAACUACAGAGUACAGACCCGGCCGAACGGCAGCUCAGUUGAGGACUUGAGGUGCCCGUCCUGCAGAGCAGAGGCAUGCAUGGCUUCCGACUCCCGUCCGCAGCUUGCCACCUACGCAGGUGCCUGUGAUUUGUUUUCUCUCUCCUGUCAGUUUUGCUAAUUUUGCUUGCUUGGUUGCAUGCAGAGAUUUCUCCUUCCCAACCGCUCAUAACCUCCACCUCUCCGCUCCUCUCCUCCCAUCUACUGCUACUUUAGCUUCUCACCUAACUUCCUCCCAAGCUCAUUCGGCGGGCCAUGCAUGUGGAUCGCUCCUCCAGCUUCUUCACUUGACCCUCUUCUUCAUCUAUCCACUUCGAUUCUUGCCUACUUGUUCUUUGAUCUGCCGAUUCGCUGCGUUUCCUGGUUGAUCGAUCGUGAUCUGAGGCGAUCGAGCUGUUGCUUAGUUUCUUGAUCUUGAUUGAUCGAUCCAUCGAGCACAAUGGACGGUGUGGUUGUGCUUGGCCGCAGUUCGACCCGGCGCCACAGCUGCAAGGUGUGCCGGAAGGGCUUCCCCUGCGGCCGGUCGCUCGGCGGACACAUGCGUUCACACUCCCUGGCGGAGGUUGCGGUGGCGGAUGAAGAAGAUGACGGCGACGCCGACGCUGAUGACGACGAGGAGGAUGAGCACGAACGCGGCGCGCGGGCAUCCUUCUUGGGGUCGGGCGGCGGAGGUUAUGGCCUGAGGGAAAACCCCAAGAAGACGCGCCGGCUCUCGGGGCUCGACGGUGGCGACGAGGUGGACGGUGGCAGCGAGUGCCAUGAUGACCGCGGCGAGCUGUUUUCGUCGUGUCACCCAGUGCUGGGACACGUGCGACGCCAUGCACCGGAAGAGAGGGCCUACGCCGAUGGCGAGAACGUCGGCGUGGAGGUGGCAGCGAAGCGGGAGGACGAGGAGGGGGACAUGGUGAUGAUCCCGAGUGAGGCGGCAGUCCUGAUGCCGGCGCCGAGGCGUAGGCGCCGCACGAUGCGCGUGCCGGCCCCCGCGCUGCCGUCUGCUGCUGCGCGCGACGCGUUCGACAAGGAGCCAGAGGACGCCGCGCUCUGCCUCAUCAUGCUGUCGCGCGACACCACCGUCCGGUGCGUCUCGACGGCUAAAGAUGCCGAGCACUCGGCAGAGAAGGACAGGAAGGGGCGAGACGGCGCUGCAAGAUUUGGCUACUACCACGACGCGCACUCAGACGACGCCUCUGCCCUCUUCCGGUACGCGGACGUCGAUAUCACUAAGAGCAAGAAGAGGAAGACUGGCCCCAGCUUCGCCGGCGAGGAGAAGCGGGGCCGAUACGAGUGCCCCGGGUGCGGCAGGGCCUUCCAGUCCUACCAAGCGCUCGGCGGCCACCGCGCCAGCCACAAGCGCAUCAACAGCAGCUGCUGCAUAGCCAAGGUCGCGACAGAUCAGCCGGAGCCGAGCGUCGAGACCAACAACUCCUUCAGCACGGCGUCGGCACCGGCGUCGCCGGACGUCGACGCAGACAGAGCGGUGGUUGCGGUGAAGUCAAAGAAGGUGACCAAGUUUGAGUGUCCCAUCUGUUUCAAGGUGUUCGGCUCGGGGCAGGCGCUCGGUGGGCACAAGCGGUCGCAUUCCAUCGCCGGUGAGCUCUACGAGCGCACCAACGCCAACGGCGAUGCCGGCAUUGUUGAGCCGGAGCAGUCUCUGAUUGCCGCCCGGUUUCUUGAUCUCAACCUGCCAGCUCCAGCAGCUGAGGAUUGAAGCAUGAUUGGUCCGAUUUUUUAUCUAUAGGAGGAGAGUGCAUGUACAGAACUACAUAUUCAGAUUCUGAUUCAUUCUUUGGAGUUCAGGUUAGAAGUGAUAUUGGAGAAAAUAAACAACAGUUACUAGUCUUCCUGAAUUCAUAAACCUUCAGCCAAUAAGUUAUUCUUUUUAUAGGUUUUUCUUUUGGCUUCUUUGCAUAAGAGUAAUAAUCAUCUCAUGAUCUGAAAUUACUGAACCUUAGCUGAUUCAAUA